UGCCAGGCUUGAGAGAAUCACAACUACAGAGAAGACAUCGGGGAACAAGCUUGUGCUGUCGGCUGUGUGGAGAAGCAUUUCCGGAAAAGCCAUGGCCUCAGCUACAGUUAUCAAGAAGUUAAUGGAGGACAUUACCUGCCCCAUCUGCCUCGAGCCGCUGACUGAGCCCGUGAGCAUCGACUGUGAGCACAUCUACUGCCGCGUGUGCAUAGUGGGCCUUAUUGAGAACCAAAACUCUGAAACAUCGUCUCUGGGGACAUUUCAUUGUCCCCAGUGUCGGAAACCUUUUAAAAGUGAUAGUCUCCGGCCCAACAAGAAGCUGGCAACUAUCAUUGAAACCUUUAAGGAAAUGGAUCAGAACAUGUGUGAUGAACAUGGAGAGAAGCUCGCCCUGUUCUGUGAAAGUGAUGGUCAGCUCAUCUGUUGGCACUGUGAGAAGACACCAAGACACAAAGGACAUCUCACUGCUCUUGUUGAAGAUGCUUGUCGAAGAUACAGGAAACAGCUCCAGGAAGUGGUGACAAAGCUGGAACAGAGAGAAUUUAAAUAUAUGCGGCAGAAGCUAGGCACAACUCGGCAAAAAAGUAUUUUGGAGGAGAAAAUCAAGCAUGAGAAAGAAAGAAUCCACUUAGAAUUUAUGAAUCUUCACACAUUCCUGCAUCAGGAGGAGGAGACAUAUAUGUGUCAACUGGAGAAAGAAAAAGAGCAGAAACUGAGCAGACUGCAGAACAAGGUAGCCCAUCUGGACAACAAGCUACAGGAACUCAGGAACCGCAUCCUGGAACUGCAACAGAAAAAUCAGGGCUCAGCACAGUAUUUCCUGCAGGAUAUAAAUGACACCUUGAGGAGGAACUCAGCUAUUGAUAGGGAAACACCAGAGGCUGUUUCAUUGGAGGUGCAUACUGUGUGCAAUGUCUCUGAGCUGUACUUCAGUGUGGGAAAAAUUUUAAAGCGCUAUCAAGACAAUGUGACUCUGGAUCCAGAUACUGCUACUCCAGAUUUAUGUCUGUCUAAGGAUCAGAGAACAGUGACUAACAAUGUAGGCACAAAGAAGUAUCAAAAUCCUGGAGGAUUUUUUGUCUUACCCUGUAUCCUGGGCUGUGAGCGCUUCAUCUCAAGAAGACAUUACUUUGAAGUGGAUGUGCGAGAAGGAACUGAGUGGGGUGUAGGAGUUUGUCUGGAAAAUGUACCAAGGGACAUUGACACAGGACGAGAGCCUCAGUCUGGAUUCUGGGCCAUCAGACUGAGAAGAAACAAGAGAAAUUUAGCCUUUACUUCUCCCCCAACUGCCAUUCCUCUGGCGGACCAGCCUAAAGUUGUAGGGAUUAUGCUAGACUGUGAGGCUGGCCUUGUGUCCUUCUACAACGCCACUACUGGUUCCCACAUCUUCACCUUCCCAAAGACCUCCUUCUCUCAGGCUCUCAGACCUUAUUUUGAGGCUUAUCCAUUUUCUCCUUUGUCCCUGACUUCCUUAAAUGAGUAAAAAAAAAAAAAAAGAAAAGAAAAAAGAAAAGAAAAGUCUCCUUCUAGUUAAACCAGCAUAAGAAGUAGUUGGUAAAUCCAGGUGGGAACAAAACUCGGAUCUAAAUUCUUCCUGGCUGUUUCCCCAUACCUAGAUAUUUACCUAAAACAUUUGUAAUGCACGGCAGAGUCUGGCAAACUUCCGUGUCAUAUUCAAUAUGCCAAAUACCAGUAACAAUGAUGGGUCUCAUUCUACUAAUCCUGAAAGAGCACUGAAAUGGCUCUUUUAAAAUCUCAGGGCUAGGAAGAAGGAGACGUUACUGGUGCCUGCUCGAGAAAAUCGAUGAACAAAAGGAUGAUUGUGAUCGUGAUUUGUAAUGCAAAACACUGCACUCAAGUAACUUAUAUUCAAGCAGUACCACAAAAGAUAAUGACUGUGCACUAUAGGCUGGAGCGAUAGCACAGCGGUAGGGCGUUUGCCUUGCACGCAGCCAACAUGGCCAACCCGAGUUCGAUUCCUCCGCCCCUCUCGGAGAGCCCGGCAAGCUACCGAGAGUAUCUCGCCCGCACAGCAGAGCCUGGCAAGCUCCCCGUGAUGUAUUCGAUAUGCCAAACACAAUAACAACAAAGUCUCCAAUGGAGACGUUACUGGGCCCGCUCGAGCAAAUCGACGAAUAACGGGAGGGCCUUUACAGUGGAAAAAAGCAAGAUAUUGUUAUUGCAUUGCUUAUUUUUCAGAGUAUGUCUCCUCUCCUUUCCUCUCCAUGAUUUCAGAGACUAUUAAAUUUAAUUCAGAGAUAAUUUCAUUUCCAAGACACCCGAGAGGCCAGUGAGCAGGAUGACAGGAGCUCAGAAGGUUCCGGUUCUCUCUGCUUGUUUGCUACCAUAUGGACUCAGCGGCAGAGUAAGGGAAGCUUCCAUUAUAUCAGCAAAAGCAUGAAAAGGGCAGUGACUCUUGACCAUCAACAUCUCAGGGAAUAAUCUGAGCUGCAUCCCUGAAUGAGAGAGUAAGUGCAGACAGUCACCGACCUAGAGGGUCCUGCCCAGUGACGGGUGAGGGAAACAUCACAACUGACUUAGAGUGAGUUGCUUCAUGUAGAGAGAAAAUUCAGAAUGAAACUAAUUUGGAUGGUGCUUCACUAAUGGAAAAGAAGUUGAUAUUUCCACACUGAGCUAGUAGCACCAAUCCUGAAUAAUUUUAAAUUUUCAUAACUGUUCUUGCUGGCAGAAUUGUUGAAAGUUUUUAUUAGAACUCAUAUGCCAAACAAAGAGGCCUUAACUAUUUUAUUUUCAAAACAGCUCUAUUUUUCACUAUUGACAUUACUGGGCCCGCUCGAGCAAAUCGAUGAUCAACGGGAG